UAUAUUUUAGGAAGCAAGCCAACUGUAGCAAUUAAUUUUGUCUCAAGUAAUAUGCGCAUUCGUACAUGUUGCGGUCCUUGCUUUCGGCGCGCUUCGAUGCACAGAUUCAAAUUUCAUGCUGCAUAGGCCUAUAGUUUCUUCUUUGUGGACUGGACCGACUGACGCUCCUCGUUGUUUGCUCGUCGACGGUCUGCUGCCAUUGAACCACUGCGCUUUGUUACAGUUCGUCCAUCAGGAUACCACCUGUGAUGAUGACAUUGAGGAAAUGCCAAGUUGGCAUUUCAUAUUUGCUAAAGGUGGUGGUUUCCUGACAGGGAAGUCCUUCACACCUUGCAUUGACAACGUUCCUCUCAUGCAAGCAUCCAGUCCUAGAGAGGCGUUCAAGAUAUUAUUCCUGGCACACUUUGCGUCAACUUUGCCCACCCAAAAGAGGCAAGUCUUAUCCUGGAGUUCACUCAUAGGUCAAUUGCCAAUGUCAGUCCCGGAAAGGGCGCAACGACUGACCAUACACGUGGGAAACAGCACAACCUGA